CCAACCUACCACCUUCAUUAUCUCGACACCGUCACUCUUUCCCAACACCUAACCUCCUCACGAACCGCCCCAACACAACCGAAUCACUUCGUUCACCACCAGAACUCUACCUUCCCUUCUCCCAUCGCAAUCGAACAUCCUAACCUCAACAAUGCCGUGAAACGAACCUUCAUUCAACCACGCGCAUCCUCCCCACACCAUUUCACAACCAUCACCGACCUCAUACGACCACCUACCACCUCACCACCUCAACCCCACCAAAAUGCCCGAACCAACAGCCCAAACCUCACCUCCACUCCGACCCCCUCACCCUCCCUCCCAAGAAAACCAGCAACAGCACCACCAACAACCCCGCCGCAAAAGAUUCCGCUUCAAAUCGCCCUCCCGCCCCAGCUCCAAAUCCAACCCCAACCCCAAAGACCCCCACGAAAAAGAAACCCGCCACACCGCGCACCGCGCCCGCCGCGCCCACCGCAACCGCCACCGCACCCCCAAAACCCCCGAAACCCCGGACCCAGCCUCCACCCCCCCAGCACAACUAGACCCCGACACCGCCUUCCGGGAGUCCCUCUUCGACGCCCUCGGCGACGACGAAGGCGCCACCUACUGGGAAUCCGUCUACGGGCAACCGAUCCACACGUACGCGGUCCCCAGCAUGCCCACGGGCCCCGCGGGGGAACUCGAGCAGAUGGACGAGGAGGAGUACGCGGCCUACGUGCGGAGCAAGAUGUGGGAGCGGACGCGGGAGGGGAUGCUCGAAGAGCAGGCGCGGUUGCGGGCGGAGCGGGACCGGAAGCGUCGGCAGGAGAAGACACAGCGGCAGGCCGGGGAGAAUGCCCGCAGGGCGUUCGAUGAGGCCAUCGAGGCGAGUCUGCGGCGCGGGAGGGAGCGGAAGCGCGAACGGGCGUGGAAGGAGGCGUGGGAGGCUUAUCGGGGGUGUUGGGGGAGGUUGGAUGGGGCUGUUGCUGCUGCUGCUGCUGGUAAACAAUUGGGGAAGGAGGAGGGGGAGGGAGGGGAUAAAGGGGCCAAGGGCAGUUUCCACAAUCUCGUCUUCUGGCCCGUGGACUCGGGGAAACGCAGGGAUGUGAGCAAGGAGAAUGUGGAGGGGUUUAUGCGGCAUUCCCCUCAGGCUGCCAACGGGCCGUCGGAGUUGUUGGCCGUGCUGAAGGCGGAGCGCGUUCGCUGGCAUCCGGACAAGAUCCAGCAGCGGUAUGGAGUGCUCGGGAUCGAGGAGGCGGUGCUGCGCUCGGUGACGGAGGUGUUUCAGAUUAUCGAUCACUUGUGGAAUGAUCUUAGGACCAGGGAAUCUGCCUGAUCCCGGUCCGACUUUGUCCAGUUGGCAUAUAUGCAUCACUGGCGCGUGUGCUUUGAUUAGCGAUUGAUACCCUCGAGCUAUAGAUUACGACUAAUACAACGAUU